AUGCCUAGCCCUAGUGCGCCUGAUCCACCGCCACCGCCCGAGAUGCCUCCCCCGCCUCCUGAUGAACCUGGAUCUCCUUAUCCAUCAUGGCGCACACUUCGCAACACGAGUCGCUUUCGCAAGCCACGUCCCGACCAGCCACGGCCCCCUGAACCUCACCUGAUUGUACCUGACGAAGGCAGUCCUGGUCUCUUCGGACCUCGCACGCCACGGCCCCCUGAACUUGGUCCUGCACCUACGGGGGAGCCUGUGCAUUCCUGGGUUACCUGGCAUCCAAACCCUGCACUGGCGCCUACGCCGCCGCCGAUUGAGCCUCGCCUGAUUGUAUCUGACAAAGGCAGUCCUGGUCUCUUCGGACCUCGCACGCCACGGCCCCCUGAACUUGGUCCUGCACCUACGGGGGAGCCUGUGCAUUCCUGGGUUACCUGGCAUCGCGAGUAUUGA